AUGGAGUAUUCUACAUUGUGCUGUGUGUGUAAAAUUACUCCUGUAGGUGUAGAUAAACUAUCAUCAGAACCGAGGAGUAGAUUUUGUUCAGAAAAUUGUAGAAAAGAAGCUUAUGCUUUUGGUUUAGUCGAUAGAGAAAAAUGUCGUCAUUGUGGGAUUUCACCAAGAUUGACCCUUUCAAAUGGUAGGAAAGUUGAUUACUGUGGAAUGGCUUGUAAAAACGAGGCUGAAAAACAAAAAAGUAGUGGAAAUUCUAAAUCGUCAUCCUACAAUAAUUCUAGUAAUAAUAGACGUUCUUCAGUAAAUUUAACGUUGACACCAGACAAACCUGCUUAUCAACCUAAAUCAAAACCAACCCCUUUACUUCAGAAUAAUGGCCCUAAUAUUAAAGCUAGUAAAAGUUAUGAUAAUUUGUUAUCAACCUCUUCACGUCCUAGUCCAAAGCGUUCACCAACUCCAAUAAAAAGAAAUUCAUUAAAUGGCUAUUCUUCUCAAUUUUUAACCGCACCAUCACAUCAUAAUUUCCAAUCACGUUCAUCUCAUAAUAGUCCUUCUUUACGUUCACCAACUCCAACGAAAAGAAAUUCGAUUAAUGACGUUGAUCCUUUGAUUUCAGUUAAACCACCAUCUCCAAAGUCACAUAAUUCACAUAGUAAUCACUCUUCACGUACACGUUCACGUUCACGUUCACCAACUCCAAUAAAAAGACGUUCAAUCAAUGAUAUUGAUCCCUUAAUUUCAAUUACACCAUCAUCUCAAAAUUCGAACAAUCAUCUCUCCCCACGUUUGCCAACUCUAACCAAAAGACGUUCCACCAAUGCAAUCGAACCACUUAUUUCAAUUUUACCAUCAUCUCAAGAUCCAUAUAGUCAAUUAAAUAAUUCGUCGUCUUUUAUAAAUCCUCCACCACCUUCGCAUUCUCGUCGUUCGAGACCUAGUUCUUACGUCCCUACGAUUCCACUGAUCAGUUUGAUCCCACCAUCUUAUAAUACAACUCAUACUAAUUAUAAUAAUUACACCACAAAGAAAGUCUGA